AUGAUGGAAGGAAACAGGACAGAGAACCUCUGCAGUAGAUCGUUUGGAUGGCUUCAGCGACAAGAGAAUGAUGCUAAACCAUGGCUCUGGAAACUUUCUAAUUGCUUUUCUGCUGCUGAACAGUCUUUGCCUUGCAGUGCAAAAACGAAAGAUUACAUGGAGAACAAGAAAGCUGCUGUAGAAUUGAAGGAUGCUUCAUCUCCUCAUAAUGCUGGCUCUAAACUGUUUCCGGCAGUACCGCUUCCUGACGUUCAUCCUCUUCAGCAACAGCAAAUACAGCUUUCACCUGGCCCGAAAGUAAGCUGCUGUGGUCAUGGCUCUGACUCUUCUUGCACUCCACAAAUGCAUUGUGGUGGUGGUGGUGGUGGCAACUUGAUUCACCCUGGCACAAUAUUAGACUCAAAAAGCACUGGGACGAUUACUUGUCAAGUAGGGUCAGGAUUUGCUUAUCAGUCUGCGCCUUCACUGAAGAACCCUCCAGCUAGAAGCAAUUUGGCAGGCAUUGCGAGCGAGUUCCCUGGCAUGUGUGUAGAAAACAGUGUAUCUUCUUGUCAACAUCUGCCCUGUUGUGGAAAGCUCCAUUUCCAGUCCUGUCAUGGUAACGUGCACAAACUGCAUCAGUUUCCAGCCCUCCCGAGCUGCACAUCUUCUGGCUAUUUUCCUUGUUCUGAUUUCACAAGUGGGGCUACAGGCCACUUGGAUGAGCAUAUUGCACAGUCGGAGCUAACGUCACGCGUGUGCGCCAACCCUUUGCACCUAAACAUGGCACCUCCAGUUUGUUUAAAGGGCUCUCACUACUGCAGUGACUGCUUGAGCAAGCCAACCAGAAACAGCCUAGUUGAUGCUGCUAAAAUCUGGCCAAAUAUUCCUCCUCCGAGUGCGCAGACUGCACCUGUUCCUAUCCCCAUAUGUAAUGGCUGUGGAACCAAAGGGACAGGAAAUGAGAAGAGUUUGCUGCUGGCGAGCAGCCUUGGCAAAUCACCACAGAAAUACGGGUCUCCAGAAGUUGCGAUAACAGGCCAAGUUCUGGAAAACUUGCCCCCCAUUGGAGUCUUCUGGGAUAUUGAAAACUGUUCAGUUCCCACCGGCCGUUCAGCUGUAGCAGUUGUACAGAGGAUUCGUGAAAAGUUUUUUAAAGGUCACAGAGAAGCAGAAUUCAUCUGUGUGUGUGAUAUAAGUAAAGAAAAUAAGGAAGUUAUUCAAGAGCUAAACAACUGCCAGGUGACUGUUGCACACAUCAAUGCUACAGCAAAGAAUGCUGCUGAUGACAAACUCAGACAGAGUCUUAGGAGAUUUGCUGAUACACACACCGCACCUGCCACUGUGGUUCUUGUGUCAACGGAUGUAAACUUUGCUUUGGAACUCAGUGACCUGAGACAUCGACAUGGUUUUCGGAUAAUUUUGGUACAUAAAAACCAAGCUUCAGAAGCACUCUUGCAUCAUGCCCAUGAACUUAUUUGUUUUGAAGAAUUUAUUUCAGACUUGCCACCAAGGUUACCGCUGAAAAUGCCGGCAUGCCAUACACUAUUAUAUGUUUAUAAUCUGCCAACAAACAGAGACAGCAAAAGUGUCAGUAAUAGACUCAGGCGUUUGUCGGACAACUGUGGAGGGAAGGUGCUGAGCAUUUCUGGAAGCAGUGCAAUUCUCCGGUUUUUAAAUCAAGAAAGUGCUGAACGGGCUCGGAAGCGAAUGGAAAAUGAAGAUGUUUUUGGUAACAGAAUUGUAGUGUCUUUUACUCCCAAAAACAAAGAACUUAAUGAAACAAAAAGCUCCAGCUUUGUGGGAACUGAAAAGGUGAAGUCUCCCAAAAAAAUUAACAAGAACACAAAGCUGUGCCUCCUCAACAAAGACUCAAGUGAGUCUUCUGGUACCAAAGGCUCUGCUGGGAGAGGAUUCCAGAUUCAUGGGUCUAUCAUCAAACCCACAAAUGUUAAAAGUUUACAGGAGCUAUGCCGCCUUGAAUCGAAGACCAUCAGUAGAAAUAUUGAAAACCAGCAAGAACAUUUAAGAGAACAAAUUCCUUCUCCUCAGAGUAACUCUAAUGCAGCAAUUCCUGUGUCCCUGGCAACCAAAAAAAUUGUAAUGGGAGAAUCAUCCUGUAAAAGUAGUCAGAAAAAAGAGACCUCCGCUUCCAGGAGCGUUACCAAUUCCCCUGUAGAUAAAAAAGAUAAAGAUGAAACUGUAUUUCAAGUCAGCUAUCCCUCUGCUUUCAGUAAGUUGACGGUCUCGAGACAACUCAGUCCUUUACUCAUGUCCCAGAGUUGCUGGUCAUCUCGGAGUAUGUCUCCAAACCUCUCAAACAGAUCAUCACCGCUCACAUUUAAUGUAGUAAAUCAUACCAGUGGUACAACAGACUGCCCUGAUCCUUUUGCAAAUGGUGCAGACGUUCAGAUCAGCAAUAUAGAUUACAGAUUGUCCAGAAAAGAGUUGCAGCAAAAUUUGCAAGACAUUUUCUCAAGACAUGGCAAGGUAAAAAGUGUAGAGCUCAGUCCUCAUACAGACUACCAGCUGAAGGCUAUAGUUCAGAUGGAAAAUCUGCAAGAAGCAAUCAGUGCUGUCAACACUCUUCACAGAUACAAAAUCGGUGGUAAAAGAAUCCAGGUCUCUUUAGCAACAGGAGCUGCUAGUAAAUCUCUCUCCCUACUUAGCUCAGAAGCGAUGUCCAUUCUGCAGGAUGCACCUGCUUGUUGUCUGCCUGUAUUCAAAUUCACAGAAAUCUAUGAAAAAAAAUUUGGGCAUAAGGUACUUGUGUCAGACUUAUAUAAACUAACGGAUACUGUGGCAAUCCGUGACCAAGGAGGUGGGCGGCUGGUGUGCCUUUUACCCAGCAGUCAAGCCCGGCAGAGUCCACUGGGAUCUUCACAGUCCCAUGAUGGUUCAUCAGCAAACUGCAGUCCUAUAAUAUUUGAAGAGUUGGAAUAUCACGAGCCUGUUUGUAAGCAGCAUUGCCUGAAUAAAGACUUUAUUGAGCAUGAGUUUGAUCCAGAUUCUUACAGAAUUCCUUUUGUGAUUUUGUCUCUGAAGACAUUUGCUCCCCAAGUUCACAGUCUUCUACAGACACAUGAGGGUACUGUGCCUUUGCUAAGUUUUCCUGAUUGUUAUAUGUCAGAGUUCAAUGAUCUUGAAAUGGUGCCAGAAGGCCAGGGUGGUGUUCCUUUAGAACAUCUAAUUACCUGUGUUCCUGGAGUUAACAUUGCCACUGCACAAAAUGGCAUUAAAGUUAUUAAAUGGAUACAUAAUAAACCACCACCUCCUACUACAGAUCCUUGGCUUCUACGUUCUAAGAGCCCUGUAGGUAAUCCACAACUUAUUCAGUUCAGUAGAGAAGUGAUAGAUCUACUUAAAAGCCAACCAUCCUGUGUCAUACCUGUCAGUAAAUUCAUCCCAACAUACCAUCAUCACUUUGCAAAACAAUGCCGUGUGUCUGACUACGGGUAUUCUAAAUUAAUGGAGCUGCUAGAAGCGGUGCCUCAUGUACUUCAAAUUCUUGGUAUGGGUUCCAAACGCUUGUUAACUCUAACACACAGAGCUCAAGUGAAGCGCUUUACUCAAGACUUACUGAAGCUUCUCAAAUCCCAGGCCAGUAAGCAAGUUAUUGUGAGGGAAUUCUUACAGGCUUAUCACUGGUGUUUCUCUAAGGACUGGGAUGUUACUGAGUACGGAGUGUGUGAACUGGCUGAUAUUAUAUCAGAAAUUCCAGAUACAACCAUCUGUUUGUCACAGCAAGACAAUGAAAUGGUAAUUUGUAUUCCCAAAAGAGAACGUACACAAGAAGAAAUUGAAAGAACCAAACAAUUUUCUAAAGAGGUAGUAGACUUACUGCGCCAUCAACCUCAUUUUCGAAUGCCCUUCAAUAAAUUUAUUCCAUCUUAUCACCACCACUUUGGUCGUCAGUGCAAACUUGCUUACUACGGUUUUACAAAACUACUUGAACUCUUUGAAGCCAUACCAGAUGUCUUACAAGUAUUAGAAUGUGGGGAGGAGAAGAUUCUCACACUCACAGAGGUGGAACAAGUCAAAGCAGUUGCUGCCCAGUUCGUUAAACUGCUGAGAUCUCAGAAAGACAACUGCCUUAUGAUGACUGAUUUACUGACAGAGUACAGUAAAACAUUUGGAUACGCACUGCGUCUUCAUGACUAUGACGUUAGCUCAGUUCCAGCUUUAAUGCAAAAGCUUUGCCAUGUUGUAAAGGUUGUUGACACAGAAUCUGGCAAGCAAAUUCAGCUGAUAAAUAGAAAAUCUCUGCGAACUCUGACUGCCCAGUUGCUGGUCUUGUUGAUGUCCUGGGAUGGAACAUCCUUUCUUUCUGUUGAGCAGCUUAAACAGCAUUAUGAAACAAUCCAUAGUACUCCGCUUAAUCCGUGUGAAUACGGAUUUAUGACCUUAACUGAACUCCUGAAGAGUCUGCCUUACUUGGUUGAGGUUUUUACCAAUGGUGCAGCAGAAGAAUAUGUGAAGCUUACAAAUCUGUAUAUGUUUGCAAAGAAUGUAAGGUCCUUACUUCACACUUACCAUUAUCAGCAGAUUUUUCUUCAUGAGUUUCCAGUAGCAUAUAGCAAAUACACAGGAGAAGUGCUGCAACCUAAAGCAUAUGGAUGCAAUAAUUUAGAAGAGCUCUUGGGAACAAUUCCACAGGUGGUCUGGAUUAAAGGACAUGGCCAUAAGAGAAUUGUGGUACUAAAGAAUGAUAUGAAAACUCGUUUUAGCUCACCUAGUUUUCCCCCUGCUGAUCAUGUGGAUGAUCAUGGAAAUCAGCUUGCUGACAAUAAUGGACAUAUUAUGGAGACCCCAGGACCCACUUCAUCAAUGGAACUAAGUCUAGGAACACCUAGCAAUGUUUCUAAUCAAACUGAGCAAGAACUUCUUUGCCUCACAAAUACAUCUCCUGUUGACCUCUUGUGUGAGCCAGUUCCUUCCUGCCUACCAUCCCCACAACUGAGACCUGAUCCAGUGGUUCUUGAGUCUGCAGACCUCAUUCAGUUUGAGGAACGCCCUGCACCUCUCUCUGAGAUAAUGAUUUUAACAGAAGAAGAAAAACAAAGAAUUGUUACCACAGCUCAAGAAAAAUUGACCUCUGGUUCUGUAGUACCUAACACCACAGAGAAUGCUUCAGUGUCUCCCUGUCAGUCCACUGAAACCCAGCUAAACAAGGAAGCAAUGGACAGCCCAGUCAAAAAGCAACACAAAAACAAGGUGAAAUUGGCAGCAAACUUUUCACUUGCACCUGUAACCAAGCUUUAACUCUUUCUUUUUAGUAUGAAAGACAAAUACCUAUGGACUCUGCACAAAGUAAAGCUGUUUGCUAGCCCUUAUGUAUUUUAAUGAAAGGCCUAGAAGAAUUAAUUUGUAUUUAAUGUAUUCUGUGAAGAUUUUGUUCCUUUUACACUGAACACAACUGUUAGCAGAGCAGACUUUUUUCUAUUAUUUUGAAAAAAAUUCUGGCAUUCGUUAAAUUAUUCUUAAAUUUUACAGUUUUUCAUAAAUGUGUGUUCAGUAGAAGCAAAAUAUUAAUUCAGUUAAAAUGGAACAGAUUUUUAUUUUCUUUAAGCCUCCUCGUUAGUGCUGUAAUCAUACAUGUAGCAUAUUGUAUUCUAUAGGCUGUUGCUUACUGGUAUUGUUUAAGACAGUAUUAAUAAAAUGCAUGAUCUGUCUUUCAAAAG